AUGUCUUCUUCCAAGUUCCACGGCACCACCCAAGAAUUGCGCAAGCUCGAGUCCAAAGUCUCCCGCGCUCAUGGCGGCAAGACCCCAGCUGACUCGGACGUUUCGCUCAUGAAGUCCGUUCUUGACUCCGGCACAAACAAACAGAAAAAGGUCGAAGAAGCCCAAAAAAAUCUCCCUCUUCCAGAACAACCCCCCGUCCCCAGCGACUGGAACUCAGCCGACCAGCGAGCCGUCAACGUUGGGUCCGGUCGCGUCGAGGGUCCCGUUUCGGGUGAAGGCAACAGUGCUCUUCGCGGACCGGCUACUGUAGCUAGCAGUGCUCGUGUUGAUGGAGAGGAGUUUUACAAGGCUACUGAACCAUUAUCUGGUGUUGGACGACAGGGUCAGGAGGGAUUAGAUCAUUUGCCCAAGGACGCUCUUUCCCGAUAA